AUGAUCAAGGCCAUCUUUUACAGCAAAUUCGACACCCAGGAAGGCCCGAAGGUCGUUCACCAGGUCCCCGAUGGAGCGAUUGUUCCCUCCACCACCGCUCCGUCUCAACCGCUCUUCCUAACCUUCGCCGACAUCUCAUUCUUUGUGAUUCCACGCCAGGAGCUAUGUGGGAACCUGAUACAAGUGUGCACAAACGGGUUUCGUAUUCUGGGGUAUCCGAUAUGCAUGAAGUCGCCCCGAUACGACCGCAAUGAGUUCAUUUUCAACUUCUGCUUGGUCCUUGCAGAGGAUGAGGAUUUUAGUAGCUACAAGAGCGUGGCUCAGAAGCUGGCAGAUCUGAUGCAUGGACUGGAGGAACAAAGCGGGUUUUUAUCGAAGGACUAUUCCAAGAGUGGUGAGGGGAAGGUAUACAGCUUGUGCGAGACGCUGAUGGAGGAUUUAAAUAACUAUUGCGAGUGCAUGAUUCCCAUCGAUGAAUUGAAUACGUUGAACAUCAAACUAUUCCCUGUUUAUCCUACUCCUCCGCCCGUUCGCGCCUGGCAAGUGCCACUAUUUACCGUCCGAUACAAAGCUUUCCUCGAUGAGAACUGGGAUCUGACCAUGCAGCGGAUUGUCCCUCACAUCAAUGGUGUGAACAGCAUCCGCAUCAUUUCUCUCCUCGCCGAUACCGACUUCUCCCUCACAUGCCGCGCGAUUCGACACCUACUAUACUACGGCUGUCUCUUCCUUCUCGAUAUAUUCUCCUUUUCUGCUAUAUACGCUCCCACAGCUCUGUUCAGUUCUACAAUUGCGGCAGACGAAUCUAUGCAGCAGGAAUGCGCUCGCUACGUUAACACGCUUUUUGCAUCAUCCAUGGCACCCACGACACCAUCUAAUUUCUCGCCUGGCCGCGGUAAAGACGAUAUAUGGCCACCUGCCGGAGACCCGACACCCAGCCUUGGGACGGAGAGCAUAUUGACUACGGCGAGCGAAAAUCUUAGUCCCACAGCCAGUCCAGCCAAUCCCAGCGCACUUAAAGCUUCAGUCGGAAGCGCCGCAGGCCCUGUAGCGAAUCUUACCUCACCCAACCAAGAGUUAGUCGAUGGUGUCCGAAUCGUCGAACUAUACGCGAGCCUGAAACAAGGCCAAAGCGUCAAACAGUGGUACCUACAACACACCCGCCAACUCGCCCACAUUGAUAUCCGCCGCUUAAUCACCUUCGGAAUUAUCAAGGGCUUCCUGUAUCGCGUACACAAAUACGCGAUUGCGACGGGGAAUCCAGCUCCGCAGUUCAAAUCAGGCGCCACGACGCCACGCUCACACUAUCAACUCUCUACACAUAGCGGGCCUUCCUCACGGGGCCCUGGGACCGGCGCAAACAGCCCUUACGCCUCAAGUGCAGGCGACGAUCCCGCACCCAUCGCACAUCAUCAGCACCACAGCCAUCAUCACCAUCACCGUAGCGAGGAUGCUAGAGACCGGGCCUCUGUGCAUAGCGGAAGCCGGUCUGGGUUUAAUGAUGAAGAUGAUGAAGACGAGUUCAUUGAUGAUAGAGUUUUGGCGAAGUAUUUGGAUGGGAUGCAUUGCUUCGAUCAGAUAUGUACGGAGCUGGAGAUCAGCGAGAGGGAAUUGACGAGCAGGUUGAAGCGUUAUCAGGGAGAGGUUUUGAUCAUCCAUCGUUGA